CACAGAGGAAGUCCCACCACAGAAGGGGUGCCUGGUUCCCACUGGGCUGGUAAGCAAAGGGUCUCACCCUGCAGAGGAGAAGGCCUGAGCUGAAGCCCUUCCUCAGGGAAGUUUGGCCAGGGUGGGGAGAUCCUUGCCGGAGCACGUGGGACCACCCUGUCACAAACACCUCUAUGCUGGGCUGGUAGGGGCACAGCAGACAAAAAACACCAGCAAGGGCCAGCAAAUACUUCAAGAGCAGGCAGGAAAGACAGACAGAGGCACAGGAAGAUCAGAUUGUGCAGCAUGGAGAGACCUAUGGGAGGAAGCAGCACACCCGAAGCAGAGGGGGUCUGCACUGACGAGCAGAAGAGGGAGCCUGAGGCAACAUACUCUGGGGAGCCUUCCACCAGCCAGGAAGCAAAGGCCAAAAAGAGUCGCUCUUCCCGCUCCUCCCGGGCUGGGCUGCUCUUUCCUGUGAGCCGCAUAGACAGGCAGCUACGCAGAGGCCAGUUUGCUGAACGCUUUGGAGCCAGGGCUCCUGUCUACCUGGCUGCUGUGCUACAGUGGGUGACGCACAAGAUCAUGGACAUGGCUGGGAGGAUUUCUAAGAAGAGCAACCAACAGUGCAUCUCUCCAUGCCACUUGCAGAUGGCUGUGAAGAGCAGCUCUGUACUUAAGCACCUUCUGGGAAGUGGGCCCAAGCACCAUGGCCGGGCUGUCCCACAAAGCCAGCGCAUGGCCUCACCCUCCAAAAGGAGGAAGACCAAGAGGAGGAAGAGAAGCCACAGGCAACAGGCUGCACCUGCUCACGCCACUGCUGCUGUCAGUGUCAAGUGAAAGCAGAAACUCCUAUAUUGGCAUGGCAAGGCUGUCUCAUUCGCCAAAUUCACCAUGGUCUAACAGUUGAAUAAAAGUCCUUGCGCUACCAUA